AUGGAUAUGCCAGAGAGCGACGACAACAACAGCAGCAGCAGCGGGUGCGGCGGCGGCGGGUGCGGCGACGGCGACGACGAUGACGACGUUGGCCGCGGCGCCGAGGAGGAGGAGGAGGAGGAGGAGGAGGAGGAGGAGGAGGAGGAGGAGGAGGAAGAAGAAGAAGAAGAAGAAGACGAGGAGGACGAGGACGAGAACGAGGACGAGAGCCGUGCUGUGCCGGACGGGUUCGACAAACAGAACACGAGCAAAAUGCUGUACGACUUCCGCGAGAAGAAAAAUAUCUUCGAGACCAUCAUCAAACUGGGUGGAGGGAAGUUCAUGAUGACGAAGAGGACGAGGAUCGCCAGCAGCGGCGGCGGCAAGGCCCUGAACCUUGACGGCGAGGGAGGGGGGGAGAGGAAGAAGAAGAAGAGCAAGAGCCGUGACGGCGGCGGUGGCGGAGGAAGCAGCGGGGUCGGUGCGCCCGUGGACGUCACGGGCGACGCAAGCGCCGGGGGUGGCAAGAACAGGAAGAAGGGCGAGAAGAAGAAGCAGAAGGUGACCGGGAGCGGUGACGGCGGUAGCGGCGGCGGUAGCCGCCUCGUCGGUGCGCCGGUGGACCUUACAGGCGAGGCGAGCGCGGGGGGUGGCAAGAAGAAGAAGGAGAGCGGUGGUGGGAAGGGCACGGGGAAGGGCAAAGGAAAAGCGAGGGCGGACGCCAAUGUCGACGGUGGUGGUGACGAGGGUUCGUGGGCGGGGAGCUCCUCCGAAGAGGAAGAGCAGGUCACCGACGUUGCCCUGUCACCGGCGGGUGAAGGGCAGAGCGGGGGGGGGCAGAGCGGGGGGGACGAGUCUUCCGACUCCGAGUCCGACUCCGACGCUUCCUCGCGCGACGCAGGCGGCCGGAGUAAAUCGAGGAGGAAGUCGAAAAAGUUCUCCCCCCAAGACACUCUGCACGUCUUGGGUAAGAUGAACCAGAAGGCGGCCAAGCAGCGCGAACAUAAUUUCUCGCGGUUCGCGGGUGUAGUCGAGAAGGUCUUGUGCGGGGGCGGAGGCCAGGGUGGGGGCGGGGGAGCGAGCUCGGGCGUCGCGGACCGUGCCGCAGAGCUGGAGAUUGAGAAACGGAAGCUUGCGCUGGACGAGAAGAAGGAGGCAGAAAAGCAGUGGCAGCAAGCGGUAGCGUCGGAGAAGGCUGGUACAGAAGGUGUCACCAAAGCAAUGGUGGCGGCGGCCGCACAGAGGUACUUCAGCCUAACUUAG